AUGUAUUCUCCUUCUCAUUCAUUCUUCUUCUCAUUCAUUCUCCUUCUCAUUCAUUCUCCUUCUCAUUCAUUCUCCUUCUCAUUCAUUCUCCUUCUCAUUCAUUCUCCUUCUCAUUCAUUCUCCUUCUCAUUCAUUCUCCUUCUCAUUCAUUCUCCUUCUCAUUCAUUCUCCUUCUCAUUCAUUCUCCUUCUCAUUCAUUCUUCUUCUCAUUCAUUCUUCUUCUCAUUCAUUCUCCUUCUCAUUCAUUCUCAUUUCAGAUAUGUAUUCUCCUUCUCAUUCUUCUUCUCAUUCAUUCUCAUUCUUCUUCUCAUUCAUUCACCACAUCCCCAUAUCCCCAUUCACCACAUCCCCAUAUCCCCAUUCACAUCACCUCACUCACUUCCCAUACACAAUUAA